AUGAGGUUGAGCCGGUAUUCUGUGGGCAUAGUUGCUACGGAAUAUGAGCGAAGUGUGUGCUUCGAGGAUGGUCUUAAGGAUGACCUGAGGGUGUUGAUUGCUCCGCAGAGGGAGCGAGACUUUGUGGUCCUGGUGGAGAAGGCAAAGAUAGCAGAGGACGUUAAGCGGAAAUGUUCCGGUGCAUGUUUCUGUUGCGGAUCUAUGGAGCAUAGAGUUAAGGACUGCCCUCAGAGAGCAGAGCCAGCUCAGAGCAAGUAUGUGGGAGCGAGCUAUGUGGAUGCUCAUAGGUGUGAGUUGAUGAAUCUCACGCAAGGGGAUAGAUCUGUGGCCGAGUAUGAGACUGAAUUUAUGAGGUUGAGCUGCUACGCUCGAGGCAUGGUGGUGUCUGAGUACGAGAGGUGUGUCCGCUUUGAGGACAGCCUGAAGGAUAGCUUAAGGAGAGCACCGGGCAGAGGUGCUGGUCAGACCGAGGCAAAGCAGCCUGUACUAGUUUAUGCUGCACGUUGUCGAGAGUAUAGAGAUACUCCUGAUAGCACUACUAGUGAGGUUACUGUACUAAAUCCGUUGGGGCAGUCAGUUCGAGUUAUUAAACUCUAUAGAGAUGUUUCGUUAGAGAUGCAAGGGACUAUUUUUCUAACGAAUCUGAUGGAGCUUUCGUUUGGGGAGUUCAACCUAUUUCUGGGUAUAGACUGGUUGGUGGAGCACCAAGUCAGUUUAGACUGUGCAUCUAAAAGGGUUGUUCUGAGGACCAAGGGUGAUGUGGAGGUGGUUAUGAUUGGUGAGCGUCGAGACUAUCUGUCUUAUGUGAUCUCCGCACUAGUGGCUGAAAAACUGGUUCGAAUAGGAACUGUAAGGGAUUUUUUGGAUGUUUUUCUUGAGGAGUUACUGGGUUUACAUCCGAAUCGAGAGGUUGAGUUUGGCAUUGAGAUUUUUUUGGGUACAACUCCGAUGUCAAUCGCUCCCUAUGGUAUGGCACGGAAAGAGCCUGAAUCUGGAAAGGAGUUUAUAGUGUACAGUGAUACAUCGCACGCCGGUUUAGGAUCUGUUCUGAUACAGGAUGGUAGUGAAGCUCUAUAUUUUUGA